GGGCCCGGGCGGCAAGCCGCGCGGCGGAUGGAGAGUCUGGCCGCGGCCGGCGGCGCCGCCUCCUCUUCGGGCCGGGCACGGAGGGUCGGGGCCUUUGUGUGAGGCGGCGGCGGCGAUGGUGCUCGGGGCCGUGCUGAGCCGGAUUAACUGUGCUAAUAAGGAGGUAACUUCGUAGGAGCUGCUAAGAUGGGCAUGAGGAUCAAGCUGCAAAGCACCAACCACCCCAACAACCUGCUGAAGGAACUCAACAAGUGCCGGCUUUCAGAAACCAUGUGUGACGUCACCAUCGUGGUGGGGAGCCGCUCCUUCCCAGCCCACAAGGCUGUGCUGGCCUGCGCGGCUGGCUACUUCCAGAACCUCUUCCUGAAUACUGGGCUUGAUGCUGCCAGGACCUAUGUGGUGGACUUUAUCACCCCUGCCAACUUUGAGAAGAUUCUGAGCUUUGUUUAUACAUCAGAACUCUUCACUGACCUGAUCAAUGUUGGGGUCAUCUAUGAGGUGGCUGAGCGUCUGGGUAUGGAAGACCUCCUCCAGGCCUGUCACUCUACCUUUCCUGACCUAGAGAGCACUGCUGUGGCCAAGCCCCUGACCAGCACCAGUGAGGGCCACUCUAGUACCCUGAGUUGUCUUUCAACAGAAUCUGCCCAUUCCCUUGGAGAACUCCGGGGUGGUGGGGAGCAUUUUUGUCCUGAGAGAAACUAUGUGUUACCCAGUGAUACUGGAGGGAGCUGUAAAGAGGAAGAGAGGAAUGUUGCCAGUGACAUUAACCAUAGCUUGCCUCUGCCACAGCCACCUCUGCCACCAAAGACGGAAGACCAUGAUGCCCCUACUCCUUUUACAUCUGUCCCUACUGUGGGGACCCAGCCGGUCCUAGUCACUGUCAGCACAGGCAUCCAGACCAGCAUGAUCUCCUGCCAGCCAUACAAAGUCCAAAGCAAUGGGGACUUCAGUAAAAACAGCUUCUUCACCUCUGACAAUGCAAUAGACAUUACCACUGGGACCAACUCCUGUCUGAGCAAUAGUGACCACUCCAAAGAUGCUGGCUUUGGGCAGAUGGAGGAGCUGCAGCUGGAGGACUUAGGGGAUGAUGACUUGCAGUUUGAAGACCCCGCUGAGGAAAUAGGCACAACUGAGGAGGUGAUUGAGCUGAGUGAUGACAGUGAGGACGAGCUGACUUUUGCAGAGAAUGACAAUCGGGAGAAUAAAGCCAUGCCCUGCCAGGUGUGCAAGAAAGUUCUAGAGCCCAACAUUCAACUGAUCCGGCAGCAUGCUCGGGACCACGUGGACCUGCUGACAGGCAACUGCAAGGUCUGUGAGACCCAUUUCCAAGACCGAAACUCCCGGGUGACCCAUGUCUUGUCACACAUUGGUAUUUUCCUCUUCUCCUGUGACAUGUGUGAAACUAAAUUCUUUACCCAGUGGCAGCUGACCCUUCACCGACGGGAUGGAAUAUUUGAGAACAACAUCAUUGUCCACCCCAAUGAUCCUUUGCCUGGGAAGCUGGGUCCGUUUGCAGGGGCACCCUCCCCAGAGUUGAAAUGUGCUGCCUGUGGAAAAGCACUGGCCAAAGAUUUCCAUGUGGUCCGGGGCCACAUCCUUGAUCAUCUAAACUUGAAGGGCCAGGCCUGCAGUGUCUGUGACCAUCGACAGCUCAACCUCUGCAGCCUCAUGUGGCACACGCUCUCCCAUCUUGGCAUUUCAGUCUUCUCCUGCUCUGUCUGUGCCAACAGCUUUGUGGACUGGCAUCUUCUAGAGAAGCACAUGGCCGUGCACCAAAGUCUGGAAGAUGCCCUUUUCCGCUGCCAUUUGUGUAGCCAGAGCUUCAAGUCAGAGGCUGCCUAUCGCUACCAUGUCAGCCAGCACAAAUGCAACAGUGGCCUUGAUGCACGACCUGGUUUUGGGCUACAGCACCCAGCUCUCCAGAAGCGGAAGCUGCCAGCAGAGGAGUUUCUGAGUGAGGAGCUGGCUCUGCAGGGCCAACCUGGGAAUAGCAAGUAUAGCUGCAAGGUCUGUGGCAAAAGGUUUGCGCACACAAGUGAGUUUAACUACCACCGGCGGAUUCACACGGGCGAGAAGCCAUACCAGUGUAAGGUGUGCCACAAGUUCUUCCGAGGCCGCUCGACCAUCAAGUGCCACCUGAAGACACACUCGGGGGCCCUUAUGUACCGCUGCACAGUCUGUGGUCACUACAGUUCCACUCUUAACCUCAUGAGCAAACAUGUUGGUGUACACAAAGGCAGCCUCCCGCCCGACUUCACCAUUGAGCAGACCUUCAUGUACAUUAUCCAUUCCAAAGAGGCAGAAAAAAACCCAGACAGCUGACUGGGUGCCAGCAGAGCCAGGGGAGCACCUAGCAGUAGCCAGGACAUUGAUUUUCUCAUGACUGUUGGUCCCUUCCCACCUGAAGUUACAAUUUUGCCUUGCUAGGAAUUCUCUUUUGUGUUGUGUUUAAAGAAGAAAUAGCACAUAAGCUGUUACUUUUUUUGAGAAGUAACAGCCCUUUUGCAUUUACCUCCAUACCUGUUCCUGCCCAUGAAGGGCUAUGUUUUUUAUUAUUUUGAGGCUAGUUUUGGGAUCUAGGCAAGCAGUUGGUAUAACCUAGAUUCCUUUCCCCAGCCUCUGUAGUUUUAGUUUACUGAUAGGUUUUAUGCUGCUAAGAAUCCAACCAACAGCCUCACUGAAUUGAGGAGGUGAAGAGAUUUUCACUGUGGGUAUUGCCACCAGGCCACCAACCGGGACCAGCCAGCUAUGUGAGAAAGAUUUUGGGAGUGUGAUCGUGCAGAAAAGGCCAGUCAGCAGGGCAGCUCACCUCAGGUUCCAGUGCCAGCCCUCAGCAGGGAAAAGAUGUCAGAGAGAGAUGGAGGCGCCUGCUUGCUCCAUGGCCCUAAUCUGCUGCUUGGACACUGAACAUCUUUUGGCAGCCAGAUCCAAACUGGGAACAAAGCUUUCUAUUGAGGUUAGAAAGCUUUGGGACAAAUUCUUGCCAGCCAGAAGGGGUGUCCUGCAGUGCUGCCAGAAGUGGCGGCCUGGACGGACAGGAAAGGAGGUUUCUCUUUUCUCAUUUCCAAAGAAAAUUAUGGAAUGAUCACCCAGGAUACCAGGCUUUCCCUGGGGGCCAAAGAAGACAGGGAGCCACUUUGAUGUAGUCACCUGUCAUUUUGGCUACUUCCUUUGACCUCGAGUUUCCUGGAAGAGAGGUGGGGAUGUCUCUGACAGCAACAGCCUUGCCUUAAUUUAUAUCCAGUCUCCACCUGGAAAAGCUCGACCCUUAGAGUAGAUGAGAAGACUCCGUGAAGUGCUAGAGUGGUGAACUUCGAGCCUUUCGGGAUUAAUGGGACCUGAGUAAACUGGUGGUGUGUAGCAGGGUGUGUGUUCAGACUGUCUGUCCCAGUCAGGUAACCUGUUGUUUACUUUGUGCUGACAGUUGCAGGAGCUUUGGCAGCUCACCUUUGACCUGCUGGAAUUUAUCCGGUCUGUGGUUGCUUCACCUCCAGGGGGUGCUGUUGGAUGGCAGCUGGUCCCCCAGGUGUCUGGGAAUGUGUCUGCCUAGUCCUCGAGGCCAGUUGGCUCCAUUCUUAGUUGUUUUUCUAGGGGGUCUUUCCCAAAGAAGGCUUGAGGGAGAGGCCCCCAAUCUCACUUAUUCAUGAGGUGGCCCCUCAGCAGCUCAUACUACCUCACCCUGCUCAGGCAAGCUCUGGGAGUCCCGGCUUCAGCCCUGACACUACUGUGGGACUCAGCAGCAUCCCGGGCUGUUUCACAAGCAAAUGGUUUUAAUUAACUCACAAAGCCUUUUUGGACAUUAAUAUUUAUUUAUUUUUGUUUUGUUUUGUUUUUGUAUACAUAUUACCUAGCAUCUCAUUUGGAUAAAAGACUUUAGGAAAAUGAGUUUCUCCCCAGCAAGUAGCCAUAUUCCAGAGGGACAGUCCCAGGCAGAGAUUUGGGGAUUAAGGGUCAAACUAGGGGAGAACAUGUCAUACCUUUUAAACAAGCAAAUUCUUUUCUUACUCUCCAGAUAGUGUCUAGCAUAAUAAAUCCAGGGAACUCUUUAUGCAAUGUGUACAAGUUCUAGAUAGAAAAUUGGAACCAGUUAGCUUUCGUGGCCUUUCCUCCCCCUUCCAUCUUAGAGUAGAUUAGAGACUGGGUUGAGGGGACAAGUCACUUGAAGGACCUUUUUGCACAGUUUCUCGUCCUUGCUGCACUUGGGAAGCCAUCCUUAUCUGACACAGGCAAAGCAAGGCUCAUAUCCGUUGGACAUGCUGCCUCUCCUCAGCCCUGAAGAUAAAGCCACAGAGUUGGAACACAUGGCUUGGCUAUCUGGAGGGGUGGCUGUUAGAUGAAAGGACUUGCACAGUGGCCAAUAUAAAGGUCCCCCCCUUUGAACCACCUAAGUCCAGUUUGACCAGUGUCCCCCUCAGGACAUUCACAUCAGGAAAGUAGUGUUGAGACUUCAUUACUGACUGGCUUUUCCCUUCCUUCCACUGACCUUUAGAAAUCUAAGAAGGAUAGCCGGGCGUUGUGGCGGGCGCCUGUUGUCCCAGCUACUCGGGAGGCUGAGGCAGGAGAAUCGCCUAAGCCCAGGAGUUGGAGGUUGCUGUGAGCCGUGUGACGCCACGGCACUCUACCCGAGGGCAAUAAAGUGAAACUCUGUCUCUACAAAAAAAAAAAAAGAAAUCUAAGAAGGAAAUGUGUAACAGAGAAGCAGAUGUCUGCUAAGCUUUUCAGAAUGAAUAAUUUCUCCUGGACUGUUGGUGCAGACUGAUUUUCGAAUGGCUGGUUUGAGAGAGGUGAUCAUUUCUGGAACCCAGUCAGGUAGCUGAAAGUACAUAAAUAUACUGGAGAAACCUUUUCCUUAACAGAGGGUACCGUGGAUGCUGGUGGUUUGUAUACUUAACCUGAAACUGUGAAGUUUUCCCUUUUGCCAGUAAACCAAAACGCAGAUCCUUAAAACUUUGCCCUUGAAACACUAAACAAAGCACUGCAACCCCAAACCCCAAGGCUGCAGUUGGUCAGGGUGGUCCAUUUGGUCCCUGACAAAUAUGUCACAGGAUAUGUCAUGAGGCUUGUUGACCAAACCCUGUUCUGUGUGUCCCCCAUGUUUGCUUCUUUUGUCUCUAGUUUAGCCUUUUCUUAAUUGGUUUACUUGAAAUGCUGUGUCAUGGCAAAGGGUGUUCCAGGACACCUGGGGGAAGGUACUCAUUUUAUUUUGCAGUUUUAAUUUUUCAACCUUUUGCUCAUUUGUUUCUGUUGCCCCCUCUUUCCUGGAGCACAGUUGCGUACUCUCUCGUAUCGCCCUGAAGUUGUUUGACUCAUGAAUGUCCUCUGUCUCCCUUUCCCUCCUUUCUUGUUCUGUACUCUGGACCAGCAACAUCAUUUGUGGGACCCUCUUGUUCACAGAGUAUUCAGAAUAUCAAGCUGGCGAUCAUAGAGCAUUAAACCAAAUGCCGGGCUAUUUCCAACUUGUUUGCUAAGGGGAAAAUGGUUGUGUGCCACCCUGGGGAUAAACAGCAGUGGCUGCUCGUGGCUGGAGGAGGAGUUCAGUAUCCCAACCCCCAGUGACCCAUUGGUGACUCACUGGUGCUGCAACCUUAGUAUUUGGUCCUCAGUUUUAUUUAAGACUCUGUGAAGUCCCUACAGUUCAUGGCUAGUUGGGAAGAAAGAAGGUGAGAUGGAGGUUGGCCCAGGUUACCCCUAAGAACCAGGAAGUGGGUGAAAGUUCCUGUGACUUCUGUUUUGGUCUGUCAGUUCUCCUUUGUUUUCGGGACAAACUUUGGGCUUACAUACAUUUUUCUCAGUCAGACUUUUGCUCCUGAUGAAUUUUCUUCCUCUUCUGGCUUCCUGCUAUGCCCUGUUCCCCAGCCCCCAGCCCACUUAAUUUCCAAAGCAAAUUUAAAUCCCUUUACAGAUGGACACUGAGUUUCUUGGCAUGGGAAGGGGACUGUGUGACGUGCCCUCUGCCUAUCUGGGGGGGGGGGGGUCCCAUCUGUCCUUUUCCUUGCACCAAAUGAGUCAGGAGUCAGGAAGCAGGGUGCUUUAGUGCAAUUCUGCAUCAUAGACAUAGCAUCAGAAUGAAGAUGAAACUUUUGAUUUUGAUGUUUAAAACCUUUCCCACAUCCAACCUCCAAACCCUGCCUCUAAUAGCUAAAAUCUCUUAUGAAACAGAGAAGAGUUGUUGACGUCUAACUCCUUCCAUUAAAUUAAUAAGUACUGACCUCCUGAUAUUUAAGUGUUUACUAUCUAUUGCUGUAAAGUUUUGUAUAUUUUGUAAACUUUUUUCCCAAAUAGUAGAUGUCUAAAAUCGUUGUACAUCUGAUUCUUUUAUAUUCCAUUGUUCAGCACAAAGUGUGGUUUUUAUUUAGAAUAAAAAAAAGAUUUGAAA